AUGACGGAGCAAUUGGAGAACGAGGUUUUUUCUCAGGAUGGCACGAUUGCCGACUCGGAUGUAGAGGAAGACGAACUAGUCCAGGACUGGUCUCAGAUUGCUAAAAUCGCGAAGUCCAAUGGUGCACUGACAAUACCGAAGAGAGGCGAGAAGGACUACGAACCGGAUGGAACGGAUGUUCAGGAACUGCUACUAUACAAGGCAAGGAAGGAGCUGUUUGAUACUUUGGCGAAUUCUGUCAGAGGGUCCACAGUUAAAGCACAGGUUAAGGCACUUUACGUUGCUGAUAGACAUGGGGCUGUGGUACCGCAUGCUAGGGGUAAUUUCCUGCAAACAAUGGGGAAAGUGGAUUUUUCAGAUGGACAAGUCUGGUUAAGUUUCUACGAGUUUGUUUACUUGUCUGAAAGAGGUACUGUAACUCCCUACUGGGGUGGACAAUCCGUUGCGGGAGAGAACAAUGACUCUCUUCUACCGUUGAGUAUCGAGGACCUCUAUAUCCUUUUCAAAACCCAGCAUGAACUUGAUAACUUUGCAGUAUAUGCGCAUUUACGUCGUCUAGGGUUCAUUGUCAAUCCAGUAUCGCCAAGCGACACUUCGUUCUAUCCAAACUGCCCUAGUGCCCCAAGGACGGGUGUAACAUCCAUUUACAGGGCGAUCACGUCAAUGUUUUUCUUGCGCAAAAACUCGCUAUUCAACAAUAUCUUCUAUAAACAGUGGCACUACUGUUUUUGCAAGUAUACGAGGACUCCUCAAAUUUAUGAGAAGCUCAAGCUGUUAGUCCCAAGCAUAUCCGUCCCGAAAACAAUCGAGGAUUUGAAAGGUUUCUAUGGCUCGCAGCAGGACUACGCUGAGGGACAAUUGACUUUGACAUUCAAUGUGUGGAAACCGCAGACAAACUUUAAGAAAAAGCAUCCGCCACUCCCGGAUUAUCAAGUAGUCGUGUACAACAAAAACCAGAGGGGGGCACAUUUUCCAACAUUUGACGAGCUGCAGAAUAUAUUUAGGCAUCUGGAUUAUAAAUUCCAAUUUUUAUCUGAAGUGGCCGACGAUGAAUUCUCGUGGGAUGAUCACAGUUACAUUGUGGGUAAGCCGAGAUCGGACGUCAUUGCCUCGGAAAGGAAGUCUAAGGAUAAGAAGGAUCCCAAAACACCAGCGAAAAAUCCCUCAGCAAAGAAAUCAAAGAAAAGACAGCUACCGCCGCAUAUACAGCAACUACAGCGACUGAGAAACGGAUAUUCAUCUUUCCUUCUUGCAGUGAUAGACAAUGGUAUAAUCAGUUUUGUUCGAAUUUCUCAGGCAGACUUUGCAUCAGAGAACGUUUGGUAUGUUCCCCCUAAGGAUGGGCUUCGAAAAAAACCCUUUAACGAUAGGAAAAAAAGAGCAAAUUAA